CAUACAAUAAUGUUGGCACCAUUGCUCGCUCUUCGCGAAAUAUGCUCGUAUUGAGACGCCCGGAUUUAGAAUGUUCUUUGAAAAUCUACGGUGAACUAAAUGAAAAACCGCAAGUAAAAGAAGUGUUUCGUGAUUUUCGUGAACCAAAGUUGAAUUUACAUUAUUGUUCAGUGUGUAUAUGUGACUGUGUUGGGUGACGAAUAACGUAAAGCGUAGUGCGUCGAAAGUUGAAACAUGGUGCCGCUAGGUCCCGGGCCAGGCCACCCUGCUGCACAUCAAACACACGGUGGUCCCUCCACCAAUCUUUCCGGCCCAAAUUCGUUAUCACAAUCUGCUCCACAAUCCAACAAGUCUUCAGUGGCGAAGCCGAAUUACACACUCAAAUUUACCCUCGCUGGACACACUAAAGCCGUUUCGUCUGUUAAAUUCAGUCCUAAUGGAGAAUGGCUGGCUAGCUCCUCUGCUGACAAACUUAUUAAGGUGUGGGGUGCUUAUGAUGGCAAGUUUGAGAAGACAAUAUCUGGACACAAAAUGGGCAUCAGUGAUGUGGCAUGGUCCUCCGACAGCAGGCUGAUUGUCAGUGCAAGUGAUGAUAAGACUUUAAAGGUUUGGGAACUGAGCUCAGGGAAAUGUUUGAAAACGCUAAAAGGACACAGCAAUUACGUGUUUUGUUGUAAUUUUAACCCACAAAGCAACCUCAUUGUAUCCGGCAGUUUUGACGAAAGUGUAAGAAUAUGGGAUGUAAGGACAGGUAAAUGUUUGAAGACACUACCGGCGCAUUCAGAUCCAGUAUCAGCAGUACACUUCAACAGGGAUGGCAGUCUUAUUGUAUCGUCAAGUUAUGAUGGAUUAUGUCGAAUCUGGGACACGGCGUCAGGUCAGUGUCUCAAAACGCUAAUAGACGACGACAACCCGCCCGUAUCGUUCGUGAAGUUCUCACCAAAUGGCAAAUACAUCCUCGCCGCGACGCUCGACAACACGCUCAAACUGUGGGACUACAGCAGAGGCAAAUGUCUCAAGACGUACACGGGGCACAAGAACGAGAAAUAUUGUAUCUUCGCUAACUUUAGUGUUACUGGUGGAAAGUGGAUAGUGUCAGGAUCGGAAGACAACCUGGUGUACAUAUGGAACCUUCAGUCGAAAGAGAUAGUGCAGCGGUUGUCCGGCCAUACGGACACGGUGCUGUGCACGGCGUGCCACCCCACCGAGAACAUCAUCGCCUCCGCAGCACUCGAGAACGACAAGACUAUUAAACUUUGGAAGAGUGAUACUUAAUCGCUGCGGGCUCCCACGCAGACCAUUUGAUCUGUGCAAUGCGGCCUUCACAUUGAGAGCCGAAACACCGACAAGCUUGUGAAUACUUCUUACACAGUGAUACCCUGUGCGGUACCUUGGGACACUGACCGAACGCCCGACGUUCGUAUAGGUUAUUACAUUUUAUUUUGUAUAUCACAGUUGGUAUGUGUGCAUUUUCGGUUGUUAUUAAGAUAUACAUAUUUUUGUAUCUGACGCAAAUGAGAAGUAUGUAAUGUUUUAGCAAUUAUGUUUUAGUUAAGAUUUGAGUUAAGAAUUCCGCUUGUGAUUAACUUGUUGGAUGCAAUUAAAAAGAAAUUGUAGUUGUAAAUUGUGUUUGUGAUUGUGACCCAUCUUUACUAUUAGGCUUAAGUAAUGAAAGCGUUAUUAAUAAUAUUUCAGUU